AUGGGCAGUGUGUGGAUCGCUUCCUUCCUCUGUCUCAUCAUCGCUCUGACCGUCGCCGGCAAUUUCCUUCUGAUCCUCCUGAUCUUUACGCAGCGCUCCCUGCGCAACACCUCCAACUACUUCCUCGUGUCCCUCUUCAUGUCCGACCUGAUGGUGGGUCUGGUGGUGAUGCCGCCGGCCAUGCUGAACGAACUGUACGGGAGGUGGGUGCUGGACCGGUACUUCUGCUCAGUCUGGUCCUCCUUCGAUGUGAUGUGUUGCAGCGCCUCCAUCCUCAACCUGUGUGUCAUCAGCUUAGACCGGUUCCUCCUCAUCACCUCUCCGCUCAAGUACAAGCUGAGAAUGACCCCUGGCCGGGCUUUCUUCCUGGUCUCCACCACCUGGACCUUGGCCGCGCUGGCCUCCUUCCUGCCCAUUGAGAUGGGGUGGCAUGAAGUGGACUUUGAGGUCCAGGCGCCCAACUCCACGUCCGAGGUGGGAGUUGAGGAGAGCCAGUGCCGGCUCCUGGUCAGUCUGCCCUACGCACUCAUAGCCUCGUCUCUCACCUUCUUCCUGCCCUCCGUCGCAAUCUCCUUCACCUACUGCCAGAUCCUGUUGGCCGCUCGGCGACAAGUUGUACAGGUCGCUUCUCUGACCAGCAACGUGGCCGCUACAUAUGACCAGGUAACGGAGCCGCUCGGGAUAGUUGGCAGCGACGGCAGGAAAUUCACCAGCAAACACAGCAGGCGGGCCCUGAAAGCCAGCCUGACGCUAGGGGUUUUACUGGGGAUGUUCUUCGUGGCUUGGCUGCCCUUCUUUGUGGCGAAUGUGACGCAGGCGGUAUGCGACUGUGUCCCGGCCUUGCUGUUUGAUGUGCUGACCUGGCUGGGUUACUGCAACAGCACCGUCAACCCCAUCAUCUACCCUCUCUUUAUGCGGGACUUCAAGCGGGCCAUGGCCCGGUACCUGCCAUGUCUCCGGCGUUGGUGGGAGAGGCGGCCGAGCAUCGUGUCGUUCACCGGGAGAAACUCCAACAGCGGCCCCCGGCUUCCACUCACCCUCAGAAACAUGCUGGCCCUUCAACCCGAGACCGACUCGGCCGACUCAGCCAUCCACCGGAGCGAUCCCAUCCCGACUCCGAGCGGCCAACAACACGAGGACAAGUUGCCCAACACCGCUGGCGUCGACUCACUACAUCUCUUCGACCUGGAACAGACGGAGCAAGAACUCCACAUCAACCAGCUCAACACGCCAAUAGACUGAAGCACAAGGCGCUGGAGGAACUCAACUGGUCAGGCAGAGUCUCUGCAGGACAUGGAUGGAUGGAUGGAUGGAUGGAUAGGCGACCUUUGUAGUCGGGACCCAAUGUAGAUUAGAUAUCCUCGCCCCCCCCCAAAGUACAGCCAGGGAUGAGAUCGCUGUCCCGAAUUAGUGGGGCAGCAAUUGACUGGAGUCAGGGAUAAUUGGCUCGAAAAUGCCCCCAACAAACACCUUUCUCUCCUGGACCUCCCCCAUUUGUCAUAGUGGGACCACAAACCACACGCACAUUGGAGGAACAGCACCUCAUAUUUCGCAUGGGCUGCUUACACCCCAGCGGUAUGAAUAUUGAUUUCUCUAACUCCAAGUAACCCUUGCUUGCCCUCUCUCUCCGCCCCUCCCCCACCCCAGUUCUCCAACUAGUUUCACUGCCUGCAUAACCUAUUCUUACCUACUCCAAGACAACAACGGACCAUUGUGGGCUCCACCCUUCCUUGAUCAUUCAUUCGUUCUAUUUACCGUCCAUAUCUCUAAUUUCCCUUUGGUCUGACUCUGUCUGAAGAAGGGUCUCGACCCGAAUCAUCUCUCCAGAGAUGCUGCCUGUCCCCCGCUGAGUUACUCCAGCUUUUUGUGUCUAUCUUCGGUGUAAACCAGCACCUGCAGUUCCUUCCUGCACUUCCAACGCUCCAGAUGGGUUGGGAACCAUGACUGCCGCUGUUCUGAGGGGGACAGAACUUCCAGGACAGGGGGACAAUGUCUAUGUGGCCCUAGUGGAGAUUGCAGCCUUAACUGGAAGACUUUAUCUCGGCUUUAUGUUCAGCUGCGCAUUCAACCAACGCACACAAAAGUAUCAAUUGAAUUCAUUCAUCCCUCAGCUCUCUUAGAAAAUAGACAAACUGCAAAUCCCUUCUGCAAAAUCACAGGAAGGAAUUGCAACCAGGAGCAAGUCCAACAUAUGAACUCGGCAUCAAGAAAAAACACUGGGAGGCUGCAGACAAUAUCUGGAAAAUAAUUCAGAUGGGUUACUGCGUGAAAUAAAAACAUAGCAUGCAGGAAAAUACUGGGCGGGUCAACCAGCAUCUGAGGAGAGGGGGACAGAGAUAAUGCUUCACGUUAAUAAUAUUGUUUGAGAUUUAAUUCUCCAAGUUAAAUCCUGCUUCAGAUUCAAUUUUCAGAUUCAGAUUCAGAUUCAAUUUUAAUUGUCAUUGUCAGUGUACAGUACAGAGACAACGAAAUGCUUGAGUCACGAAACUAAUUUAAUAUCUUUAGAUACUUUGAUAUUCACAUUUUUAGUUGAGAAGAUGUUCUUUUCUUGCAAUUGUAAACAUAUUUGUCAUUUGAAGUCUCGAUUUUUGUGAUGUCAAUUUUUUUUGCUCUGGAUGCAUCAGUAACUCACAACGACAGGUAGAACCAAUGUAGGCAAGAACUUUUAAUGUGGCUUAGAGUGGAAACUGCCCUUCAACUCACCUUGACCACACUGACCAACUUGCCCCAUCUACACGAGUCCCACCUGCCUGCGUUUGGCUCAUAUCCCUCUCAACAUAUCUAAUCCAUGUGCCUGUCUAAAUGUUUGUUCAAACAUUCUACCUCCUCCGGCAGCUCGUUCAGGGGUUAUGGGGAGAAGGCAGGAGAAUGGGGUUGAGAGGGAAAGAUAGACCAGUCAUGAUUGUAUGGCAGAGUAGACAUGAUGGGUCCAAUGGCCUAAUUCUGUUCCUAUAACAUAUGAACCCACCACUCUUUGUGUAAAAAAAGUUGCCCCUUAGGUUCCUGUUAAAUCUUUCCCUCAUCACCUUAAACCUAUCAUCUACUUACUGAUUCCCCUACUCUGGGUACAAGACUGCAUUUAUUUACCCUGUCUAUUCUUCUCAUCAUCUUACAUACCCCUAUAAGAUAUGUCCACAACCCAAUGUUAUAGACAAUAGACAAUAGGUGCAGGAGUAGGCCAUUCGGCCCUUCGAGCCAGCACCGCCAUUCAAUGUAAUCAUGGCUGAUCAUCCCCAAUCAGUACCCCGUCCCUGCCUCCUCCCCAUAUCUCCAGACUCCACUAUCUUUAAGAGCCCUAUCUAGCUCUCUCUUGAAAGCAUCCAGAGAACCUGCCUCCACCGCCCUCUGAUGCAGAGAAUUUCACAGACUCACCACGUACCAAGGAGAAGUCGGAAAUCUGUACCAAGGGAAGUCGGAGAGCCAUGGCUGGAGACAAGGAACAAGUGGAUAGAAAAUGGAAACAAGGAACUGUAGAUGCUGGUUUACACAAAAGGCACUAAGUGCCGGAGUAACUCAGCGGGUCAGGCAGUAUCUCUAUCUAUGUUCUCUUGAGAUGGUGUCUGACCUGAUGAGUUACUCCAGCACUUUGUGUCCUCCAGUGGUUAGAAUGUAUACUGAUGCUUUAUACUUGAUACAGCUUUACAGGGCUUUGGUGAGGCCACAUUUGUAGUAUUGUUUACAGCUCUGGUCUUCCCAUUACAGGAAAGAUGUGGAGACUUUGUAGAGGGGGCAGUGGAGGUUUACCAGAAUACCACCUGGAUAAGAAGGUAUUAACUACUAAGAAAGGUUGAACUGUUUUCUCUGGAACACCAGUGAUUGAAGGGAGACCUGAUAGAAGCAUAACAAAUUAUGAAAGGCCUAGAUAGGGAAGACAGUCAGAACCUUUUCCCCAGGGUGGAUUAGUCAAAAACUAGAGGGCUAGCUUUAAGAUGAAAGGGGCAAAUUUUAAA